UUCGUUUCCCCGCUCUGACGCUGCAAGGUAGGGAGGCGCGGGCCGUUUCUUCCCGGCCGGAGCUUCCCAGUCCCUGCAAGCCCUCAUGGUCCACCGCGGCGGGCUGUUGCCAUCUCUGCUGCUGAGGUCCAUGAUGUCGUCCCUUCCUCUCCACGCCGCGCCAGUCGAGGCCGGGCGCUGCUUCGUCGCCGCCCUGCCCGGCUCCGAGCUGGUCUACUUCACCGCGAACGGCAGCGACGGCGCCCGCCCUCUGGGCUUCCCGCCCUCGCCGGGGCGAUGCUAUUCCUUCUGCAUUCCUGCUGCGCAAAGCCCCCGCGAGCGGGUCCGGGCGGCCCGGCUGCACAAGCGGUUGCAGCAGAGACUGAGCCAGGCGCCUUUCGUUGCAGGCGACAGCGAAGCGUUGCCGCUCCUCUCGUACGACCCCCAGGACCUCGACGCCGCCCCGCCGGAGAAGGGCUUCCUGGUCCGGCUGGCGCAGGCGGCGCCGGAGAUGGAGCGCUGCUUGGAGGCGCUGCUGCGCUCGGCCCUGCCUGCGCCGGCUCAGCUGUGCGUCUACCAGGAGGCCGGCGACAAUCAGCUGUGGCGCGCGCUGUGGCGGCUGGGAGGGACGGCCGAGGGGAAAGAGCUGGUGGGUCGCGCGCGCGUGGUGCAGGCCCCGCAGCCCGCCCGCCACCCGGCGGCUUCUCACCUCCUGGACGCCGCCGUGUUCCGCUCCCGAGAGGCAGCCCGCGGGGUCCUGGAGGAGUGUACAACUCUGAUUCCUGAAGCCAAAGCAGUCCUUGAUCUGGUGGAUAAGUGCUCUGAACUUCCAAAAAGGGGAAGUUUUCCUGUGAUAGUUAUUGAAGGACUGGAUGCAACAGGGAAAACCACAAUAACUGAGUCAUUGAAGGACUCACUGAAUGCCAUCAUGUUAAGGUCCCCUCCAUCUUGUGUCAGCCAGUGGAGAAAGAUUUUUGAUGAUGAACCAACACUCAUCCGAAGAGCAUUUUAUGCUCUGACCAACUACAUUGUUGCUUCGGAAAUUGCAAAAGAAUCCACUAAGUCACCAGUGAUCGUAGACAGGUAUUGGCAUAGUACUGCUGCUUAUGCAAUUGCCACAGAAAUAAGUGGGAAAGUGUCAGAUCUCCCUCCACUGCAUCACCCAGUAUACUGCUGGCCCGAAGACCUUCUAAAACCAGAUUUGGUGAUACUGCUAACAGUUAGUUCUGCAGAACGAAUCCGGAGGCUGCAGGGACGAGGUGCAGAGAAAACGAGGGAGGAGGCCGAGCUGGAAGUGGACAGAUUCUUUCGCCAAAAAGUUGAAGAAUCUUACAGAAGGAUGGAGAAUCCUUCCUGUCAACUUGUUGAUUCCAGUUGUUCCAGAGAAGAGGUUCUUAAGGAUGUCCAACAUCAGAUUAAAAAUCAUUUUCCUUUGCUGUAGUUGCUUAUACAUUCAGAAUAAGGAAGCUUGUUCCUCCAAAGUCUCCUAGAAAUUGUGCAAGAUUCCAAUAGAUCACUCACUGCUGGGCCAGAUCAUAGGCACACAUUUAAUGAAAAAUUAUCCUCCAGAAGAGUACAUCUUCCAUGUCACAGGUUGCUCAGGAGUCUGUAAUAUAGCCCUAAAUAUCUACAUAUUUGGAAUGAGGACUGGAAGCUGAUUUAUAAUGUCAUUCAGUGACAUUUCCAAAUCUGAUAAAUCAAACAUGUGUUCAUCCUGAUUUUCUGUAGAAUGAAUAAAUUAUUGUACACCAAUUGUCAAAACUGCAUUUGUCAUUUCCUGUGAAAAGUU